GUUUAUCUCCAAUGUAUAGACCAUCAUUUCAUGAUCAGUACGUUUCUUAGAAAAUUAUCUUGCAUUCUGGUACUUCAAGAUUUGCAUACAAAUAUUGUAGUUCGAUCAUACGAUGCUUGUUUGAUUGUGUUUCGCAUAGGAUGACUACAAAGAACUAGCUUCAGAUGAGAACUCACAUGAACUGGAUGGAAAGGCACUGUACACCAUGGGACGUGGUAUGAAGCAUGGGCGUGUUCCAAUUGGCGAUGGUGCUGUGGACAAGGAAACUAUUCUAGUUCAUCGAUUGUCUGUUCCUUUUAAGCCAGUCAAUUCUGAUGAUUAUGAAAGGGUGAUCAAAGAAAAUGAGCAGCUGAAACAGACUAAUCAGAUACUCCAUGAUGAAAAUGGUGUUAAUCGUGCACUGAUCAUGGCAAUGUAUGCUGAUUUUGGAAAAGAACCGCCUGCAGAGCUGCUGUCCCAUCUAGAAAAUAUUGAUGCACGUCGUCAACAGGCUGUUGGCUCAUCACAUGGAGGCUCUCACUCAGUUGAUAGGCGCGAUGAAAGCGACGAUGAUGACACUUACAAUGAAAGCGAUGCCGACGAUGACGACGACGACGACGUCGAUGAUGAUGCCUCCUUUGAAGGAAAUGAUGAAGCCAAUCCUUACCUAGAAGAUGACGUUGAUGGCGAGCGACCCAUCGAAGGAGAUGCUGAUGAUGAGAGAGCUGUCGAAGGCUAUUCAUGAUCAGUGACCAUGACUGUGACCUCAACUAAAGCAAGCAACCCCUACUGACUGGAGGAUGUGGUGUUGACUGUUGGCUUAUUUUGGUAGAUACUGCAUAUGCUAGCCAGAUCUUUUGCUAAUGUAUUUUGUGCAUGUGAUGUGACAUGUAGGCAUGAUACAAUAUUUGCCACAGAUUAUAUGUAGGCAUGAUGCAUGCAUAUGGCAGACAUGUUUGCCUUUAGCUAUGCAUAUGGACUUGUGAUGAA